AUGUCGUCAACCCGCCUAAAGACCCGAAAUAAAUACAAUCUCGAAGAACUUACACCCACCGAUCUCUGCUCGUACUGGGAUACGAUACCACCCACAGCGGCCCAAUUAGCAUUUGCAGACAACUUAUUCAUACCGUCACGCCAUUCACCAAUAAAGCUAUGGUCUGCCGCCAAGUUUCGCACAACACCGAUCUCGUCAAUCGAGCCGGAAGUCGCGUUCUUAGGCCGUUCUAAUGUCGGGAAGAGCUCCCUGUUGAAUGCUCUCAUGGGCCAGAAGAUCUGCUGGACUUCAUCGAAACCAGGAAAAACGAGAGAAAUGAAUGCGUUUGGCAUUGGAGGUACCAAGGGUGGAGAGUCUAAGGUGGUAUUGCUUGAUAUGCCAGGAUAUGGAAAGGCCAGUCGAUCAGAAUGGGGGAUGGAAAUCAUGAAAUAUCUCCAAGGGCGCAGACAACUCCGACGAGCGUUCAUUCUCAUAGAUAGCGAACACGGCAUUAAGCAGAAUGAUGAAGAUAUUCUCAGCCUUUUCCGCCGCUACGCAAUCCCCCAUCAAAUCAUUAUGUCUAAGGCAGAUAAAAUCCUUGCUAGGAAUAAGAAGUUGGCCAAGACUGGCGUGUCGGCUGCUGGUCUUCAACGGCUUCAGACCAAGAUACAAGAACUGAAACCGAUCGUUCAACCAGAUCCAAGUGUUUCUGAAGGCCCUGGUGCAUUGGGUGAGAUUUUAACAUGCAGUGCAGAUACUCCCAUCAGUUAUGAUCGGGUGUUGGGUAUGGAUGCUAUACGAUGGGCAGUUCUAUCUGCUGCAGGGAUUGACGGGAGCUUAGAGGGCGGGUACCUCGCUCCUGCUAUCGGCGCAUAG